AUGGCGAAUUGUAAUACCGAAACGAUGGAGGCUGCAAAUAAUAAGCUAUUUCAACCGCCAGACGACCUUCUAAAUUCAGCUCAUGUCCAGGGCAUGGAUAAUUACCGAAAGAUGUAUAAUAAGUCUAUAAACGACCCCGAAGCAUUUUGGGGAGAGAUCGCCAAAGAUUUUCAUUGGGAAUCCCAACCAAGCGGCAAAUUUUUUGAUUACAAUUUCGACUAUACAAAAGGCCCGAUCUUCAUCAAAUGGAUGGAAGGAGCUCGCACCAAUAUUUGUUACAACGUGCUCGACAGACAUAUAGAAAGGGGAUUGGGAGAUAAAAUCGCCUUUUAUUGGGAAGGGAAUGAUCCAACAGACACUGGGAAAAUUACUUUCCAGGAAUUAAAGACAGAAGUAUGCAAAUUUGCCAAUGUAUUAAAAAAUUUAGGUAUCCAGAAAGGUGAUCGUGUGGCUAUUUAUAUGCCUAUGAUCACUGAAUUAGUGGUGGCCAUGUUGGCAUGUGCUCGUCUUGGUGUAAUACAUUCCAUUGUGUUUGGCGGCUACUCAUCGGAGGCUCUGGCCAGUAGAGUUCUUGAUGCCAAAUGCUGUGCCAUUCUGACUGCAGAUGGUAUGUGGAGAGGGACCAAACUAAUUAAUCUGAAAACCAUUGUGGAUGGUGCCAUCCAACUGUGUGAAAAAAGUGGCUAUCAUGUUGACCACUGUGUGAUGGUUCGUCAUUUGAGCCCUGAUGAACAAGAGUCUGAGCCUGAAGAAGGGGAUACUCAACCUACUCCCGCUAAACGUCCUGUGAAACGAUUAAAAAUUAACUGGGUAAAUAGCCGUGAUAAAUGGUGGCAUGAACUGAUGGGAGAAAUGAACACCAAAGAAGGCAAGACUUGUGAUCCUGUAUGGUGCAAUGCUGAAGACCCUCUUUUUAUGCUCUACACAAGUGGCUCCACAGGCAAACCAAAGGGAGUCCUGCACACAGUUGGUGGGUACAUGAUCUAUACAGCAACAACUUUUAAAUAUGUAUUUGAUUAUCAACCUGAUGAUAUUUUUUGGUGUACUGCUGAUGUGGGAUGGAUCACUGGUCACAGUUAUGUAUGUUAUGGUCCAUUGGCUAAUGGAGCAACUGGAGUAAUAUUUGAAGGAAUUCCAUAUUAUCCAGAUGCAGGCCGUUACUGGGAAAUUGUGGAAAAGUUUAAAGUCACUAAAUUCUACACUGCUCCUACUGCUAUUCGAUGCCUAAUGAAAUAUGGUGAUGACUUUGUCAAUAAGUAUGAUCUCAGUUCUUUAAAAGUGCUUGGCAGUGUGGGUGAACCUAUUAACCCUGAAGCUUGGCUCUGGUACUACAAUGUUGUUGGCAAAAGCAAAUGUGCCAUCGUUGACACUUUUUGGCAGACAGAAACAGGUGGCCAUGUCCUAACACCGUUGCCUGGAGCCACACCAACAAAACCUGGAUCUGCUACAUUUCCAUUCUUUGGGGUUGUUCCAGCAAUCUUGACUGCUGAAGGGAAAGAAGUUUCUGGCCCCAUUGAAGAAGGCUAUCUUGUUUUCAAACAGCCAUGGCCAGGCAUAAUGAGAACUGUCUAUGAAAAUCAUGAAAGAUUUGAAACAACAUAUUUUAAGAAAUUUCCUGGCUAUUAUUGCACUGGAGAUGGGGCUCGUCGUGAUGAAGAUGGUUAUAUUUGGAUUACUGGUCGAAUUGACGACAUGGUGAAUGUAUCAGGUCACCUGAUUAGUACAGCAGAGAUUGAAUCUGCCCUGAUUCAGCACCCAUCUGUGGCUGAAGCUGCAGUUGUUUCUCAUCCUCAUUCAGUGAAAGGAGAAAGCACUUAUUGUUUUAUUGUUUUGAAUGAGGGUCAUGUGAUGACUGAAAAGCUUAAAACUGAGCUAAAAGUGAAAGUGAGAAGUAAAAUUGGUCCAUUUGCCCAGCCUGACCAUAUCCAAUACGCACCUGGUCUGCCAAAAACAAGAUCAGGUAAAAUCAUGCGGCGAAUUUUGAGAAAGAUUGCUGUUGGUGACUCAAAUCUUGGUGAUACAAGCACCUUGGCUGAUGAAUCUGUUAUAGAUUUGUUGCUACAACAUCGGCCUGAAGAAUUGAAGGCAUAA